UCCAUCGCGAAAAUUUUUUUCCAUCUCGAAAAAAGUUGGUUCAGAAACAACUAUCAGUAUCACAACUCAUACACGUUUUAAUUCCGGUUCUUAACGUCGUUGACAUUUUAACUUCAUAACUGUUAGCAAUAUUUCGAAAGAGCCGUAGCUUUUAAUAACUUAACUUUAUUCUUAAUCCUAUCGUGUACUCGCUAGUAAGUAACAAAACGAAUCUAGUAUCAAAUUUGUUUUAAUUUUUAUGAAACGGUUGGCAACCAAUAUGGCGUCGUGUCAUCUGUGCUGCUUUUUAUGCGGUAAGUGACCGUCUAUCGUGUGUUUUUUCUAAUUAGAAAAACGUGAAAAUUGUAUAAUAAUACAGUGGUGUAGUGCGUACAAACAUUUCGUACCCGUUUAACCCGUUUAUGAACAUUUUAUAUUGCGAAGAAGUGUUACGUCGGAAUACCUUUGAUCUAUUUUCAGAAAUAGGCAUUCAUCGGAACUAAGGCUGUGGUAGUAUAGUUUAAUGAAACAUUUCGAGUAUAAUCGACCAGACUUCAAACAACAGUUCCUAGUUAACACUGAAGAUAACUGUUUAAUUUAUUUGUCGCUAUCUAAGUCUGCCAUUUUUCAAAAGUAUUGUUACCUGUUCUGUGAAAAUUAUUAAUUUUAAAUUUCGUAUCAAUUAAUAUAAGACUGUGAACAUUAUUUUAUAUAGAUUCCGCGUAUAUAUUUUCAUAUAUUUUAAUUCGUUUUUUUUAAAUUGCUGAUAAUUUUUCUGUGAUAUCGUAUUAUAAGGUUUUUUUUCCUUCUUUCGCCCCAAUUUUCGCUAAACAAGACAUUGAAAAUGUCGAAUAACCCGCAGUGGAAUUCAUUCCAGUCACAUUUAUUGAACUCCGACACCUUUCUAAGAUAUAAGUCUUUAUCAAUACCUAGUAAAAACGUCCCGUCACCCGCUAAUCACUACUCAAUGCAGUCGAGCAGCGUUACACCGUAUAACUUUCAAAACAACAUGCAACAAAACAAACGACCCACCAACGGAAUUUUCAACAGCAACGAGAAUAACUUCAAUUCUUCCAAGUUCGACACUUUUGACAAAUCUUCGAUGAAUAACUUUCCGCCAAUUGGAGUCUUCACGCCGGAGUUGUAUAACGGAAAAUCUACCAGUAAUGCGACCACCAAUUCGACUCGAAACCAUUUCAACAUGUCCGGUGGAGAUACCGGUAACAAUCAGGGGACACGAGAAACCGGAAUUAUCGAGAAACUCUUGCACUCUUACGGAUUCAUUCAAUGCUGCGAACGGCAAGCUCGUUUAUUUUUCCACUUCAGCCAAUUCGGAGGCAACAUCGAGCAUUUGAAAAUCGGAGACCCGGUGGAAUUUGAAAUGACGUACGAUCGACGAACUGGAAAACCGAUUGCCAGCAUUGUGACUAAAAUCGCUCCCGAAGUGGUAUUGCGCGAAGAAAGAGUCAUCGGUUCGGUAACCAGCGAAGUAUGUGCGGGCGAAGCGCAAGGACGUAUUACGUACGAAAAUAAAGGAGAAUGCUUUUUCCUGCCUUUCAGCAAGGAUGACGUCGAAGGAAAUGUUACAUUGAGGAUCAGCGAUCAAGUCAGCUUUCAAAUCGCCACAAAUAACAAGGGAAAUCUGAGCGCGACUCACGUGAGAUUGGAGAACUCUGCUCAUCCGGUGAAAUAUCAAGGAGUAGUUUGUUCGCUGAAAGACGGAUUCGGAGCUAUUGAACGUGCGGACGUCGUGAAGGAGAUAUUUUUCCACGAACAAGAUGUCAGUUGCGGCGGUCGAUUGAAGCCGGGAGAUGAUGUUGAAUUCAACAUUCAGAUGAAGCAUGGUAAAGAGAUCGCUUGUAAUAUUGAAAAGUUGCCCACCGGAUCGGUGGUAUUCGAGGAUAUUUCAGAUACUACGGUCAAAGGACAGGUUUUGAAGCCGUUCGAAAAGGAUUGCGUGCCACGCGAACGAAACGACCCGUUACCGGGACGUAUCAAGUAUAGAGCUCCUGAUUAUUCGGAGGUCGAGGUGUCUUUCGGUGAAAAAGAUCAAAAGGGUGAUUUCACUUUGAGACACGGAGACUGGGUAGAGUUUCGUAUCGCGACCGAUCGUCGAGAUCAGCUGAAACGUGCUACUUGCAUAUCGUUGUUGGAAGAUUCGUUCGUCGUGUCCGGCGAACGUCGCGAACAAGGUGUUGUCGACUCGAUCGAAGAAGACGGAACCGGUUUAUUGCAGCCGGCCGAACGCGACGUCAAAAUACCGUUCAAACUGACCGAAAUACUCGACGUGGAUCGGGAAUGCGCCGUCGGUGAUGAAGUCGAGUUUACUAUUAUCCAAGAUCCGACGUCCGUGUUCAGUAAUAAUUCGCGUCAAAUUGGAAUCCGAGUGAAGCAGUUGCCGCCGGAUACGGUGAAAUUCGAUAUUCUAGUACAGAGCGGAGUCGAAGGUACCUUGGUUAAGCUGCCGUUCAAGGAAUCGGGAGGCAAGAAGAUCACUACGAAUGGCGAAGGACCGAAAAUAGGUUCGAUUUGUUAUCAGAUGAACGGCGUAAAAGAGACUGCCAACUUUACUGCAAAAGACUGUGAUUCGUUGAAUAACUUUCAAAUAGAUAAUAAGGUUAAAUUUGACUUGUUCAAAAUUAAACGUAACAAAGAACUAGUGGCGAAAAACGUUCGAGUUAUCGUGAUGCCGAUUAAACCGGUCAUCGUGCAUACGGCGCCUGGAUUUAAGAACAGUGUAAACGAGAAACCAGCCGAGAAGAAGAUCAAUCAAGGAUUCGUGGCUGCGUUAAAAGACGGUUACGGUUUUAUCGAAACAUUGUCGUUGGACCGAGAAAUGUUUUUCCAUUUUAGUAGCAACGUGGAUGGCGUUUCUGGCUUGGAAGUUGGAGCGGAAGUAGAGUAUUGUGUCGGUACCAGGAAUACGAGUAGCAAUCAUAACAUGGUGGCUGAGAACGUGAAACCAUUGCCGCCUGGUUCCAUCAAGUUGGAGGGUUGUUUGAAGGAUAAUCAGCCUACGUUGAGUGGCGUCGUUGUCAGACCGUUGAGAUCGUUGAACCCCGAUCAAAAAGAAUACGCUGGAUUGAUUCAAGAAGUCAGUGGAGGAGAUUUGGACGAUGACAAAGCGAUGAAGUACAAAUUCGGCAUUUAUGGAUUGAAAAACAAGACGGAAUUAUUGCAAACCGGCGAUCCGGUCAAGUUUCAAGUUGAUACGAGCAAGAGAGCAGUCAAUAUCGUUGCUCUUCGCACUAAAUCACGAGCUACUGUCGAAUCGAUGAAAGAUCAAUUCGGAUUUUUGUCGUACGUUGUCGAAGAAGGACGCAAGUUAUUCUUCCACGCUUCUCAAGUCAAGGAUAAAACACCAUUGCAACCGGGUGACUUGGUCGAGUUCGUUUUAGUUACUAAUCAAAGAUCUGGCAAAUCUUCGGCCUACAACGUAUCUAAAAUCAACGAAGCAAAUGUGAGACCGGAAAGGCUGAUCAAUCGGUUGAAACUUUCAAACGCCCUUAACAACGGUCCUAAAGUGAUGGUGAUUCGUCAACCGAAAGGUCCCGAAAGCAAUCACAAAGGAUUCUCCAAAGAGUACCAAAGAUGGCGUACUUCGAAAAAUACUCCGUAAUUUCGGCUCCCCUGUACACCAUUGCACACGACGUAUCCCCGUGUACGAUACGGAUACGUGCUCCGUUUACCAUCACUAACAGCAUUUUUCUAAGGUUUGAGUUGUUGUUUUUUUUUCUACAUUGCGUUUAAUUUACUAUUUAUCGCACGAAAAUUGAAAAAAAAUUGAUAAAAAAUUAACAUAAGUGAAUUGUACGAUUACAACUGCCAGGUUGCUGUUUUUUUCUCUCAUAUUUUUUCGUUAAUUAUUAUGAUUUCCCCUUUCUCGUAUUCGUUUUUAUGCGCGUUUUACUGUAUUAUAUAGAUAAUAAUUUUAAGGUAUUCGAAAACCGCAUGGCUCAAAGGGAGAACCCGAUUUAGAGUUUUCAAUCGUUUUAUUUUUAAUUAUCGAAUAUUUUUCGUUUGUUUGUUUUUUCUUUUUUUUCUCUCUCUCUUUUUCUCUUUAAGAAACGUAACGAUGAUUUAUAAAAACUAAAAAAAACAAAAAAAUAAGUAACGUAUUGCUAACAAUGUUA